AUAUAUAUAUGCCCACUGGGCCACUGCCCACAUUCCCAACACUGUCCUUCCAGGCUUGUCAUCGAAUUGAACUAAUUUUGCUCGUUCAUCAUUAGCAUUCUUAGUUCAUACCAUGCUCCGAAGACUAGUUGUUACCUUCUUCUCCGAUGCUCCCUCGCGGUGGUGGCAACACUUCAACAACAACAAUUCCACACUCUUGCUUUUCACUUCAUGCCUCCUCGUUUUCGUCCUAUCGUUGUUCACAUGGAUAUUAUUCAUCAAAAAAUCGAGAAACAGAUACCCACCGUUACCACCGGGCCCGCGAGGCCUACCCCUAGUCGGAAACCUCCUCUCUCUCGACCCCCAGCUCCACACCUACCUCACCACCUCAGCUCGGACCUAUGGUCCGAUCCUCACCCUUUGGCUCGGUAAAAAGCUCACUCUCGUGGUCACUUCCCAAACUCUAGCGCGUGAGAUUCUCAAGGACCACGACGUCGUCUUUGCAAAUCGCGACGUUCCUGCCUCUGCAGUGCAAUCUUCGUAUGGCGGUCGCGACGUGGCAUGGAGCCAGUAUGGUGCUGAGUGGCGGAUGCUGAGGAAGGUCGCGGUUCAUGAAAUGCUUAGCAACACCACUUUAGACUCGGUUUACUCUCUUCGACGUCAGGAGAUUCGGAGGACAAUCGGCUAUGUACAUAGUCAGGUCGGGACCCGAGUGAAAAUAGGUGAGCAGAUGUUUCUGACGAUUCUAAACGUUAUUACAAACGUGAUGUGGGGCGGCGCCGUCACGGGCGGGGACAGGGCAAGCGUGGCGGCGGAGUUCCGGCAAGUGAUUGCAGGGAUGACCCAGCUUCUGGGGACUCCGAAUAUAUCGGAUUUCUACCCGGGUUUGGCCCGGUUUGACUUGCAAGGGAUCGAGAAGAAGGUGAAAGGGUUGGUAAAGCGGUUGGAUGUGAUCUUUGAUGGUAUGAUCGAUCGACGGUCGAAGAUUAAUGGAGAAGGUGGGACCAGCACAGGGGAUGGCGUUAAACAGAGCAAGGAUUUCUUGGAGUUUCUUUUGCAAUUGAAAGAUGAAGGGGAUGCCAAAACUCCUUUGACUAUGAUCCAUGUCAAAGCCUUGCUCAUGAUGAAUCAAUUGUCGACGUCGAUUUCUUCAUUACCAUCUGCUUUCUUGGGCCAAGAUCACCGGUUCAACAUAAGGCAACAGAAUGUCUCGCUUCCAGUGAAAAAGAGUUGGCUUUGCAAAUGCGUCGCGACGCCUUCUGCUGAGAAAACUGCUUACAAAACAAAGGUCUCUCGCAAUGAAAACAUGGGCAAACUUCAAGCCGGUUACCUGUUUCCAGAGAUUGCUAGAAGAAGGGCUGCACAUAUGUUGAAGUAUCCUGAUGCACAAGUGAUAAGCCUCGGAAUUGGUGACACUACUGAGCCCAUUCCUGAAGUUAUAGCUUCUGCUAUGGCAAAGAGGUCAAAUUCACUGGCCACAAUAGAGGGUUACAGUGGCUAUGGAGCUGAACAAGGUGAAAAAUUAGUGAGAGCUACAAUAGCUUCAACCUUUUAUCCAAACCUUGGCAUAGAGGAAGAUGAUGUAUUUAUUUCGGAUGGUGCAAAAAGUGACAUAUCCCGCCUCCAGGUCCUUUUCGGCUCUGAUGUUACGAUGGCUGUACAAGACCCGUCAUACCCAGCUUAUGUAGACUCGGGUGUUAUUAUGGGUCAGACUGGACGGUAUCAAAAUAAUGUUGGCUAUGCAAAUAUUGAAUACAUGAAGUGCACUCCUGAGAAUGGUUUUUUUCCUGAUUUAUCUUCCGUCUCUCGUACGGAUGUCAUAUUUUUCUGUUCACCAAACAAUCCAACUGGUUCUGCUGCAUCGAGAGGUCAACUGACUCAACUGGUGCAAUUUGCGAGGGACAAUGGGUCAAUCAUAAUCUAUGACUCUGCAUAUGCAUUGUAUAUGUCGGAUGACACGCCAAAGUCCAUCUUUGAAAUUCCUGGUGCCAAAGAGGUUGCAAUCGAGAUUUCAUCAUUUUCCAAGUAUGCUGGUUUUACUGGAGUUCGUUUAGGUUGGACAGUGGUUCCAAAAGGGCUGCAAUUUUCAGAUGGAUUUCCCGUUGCCAAGGACUUUAAUCGCAUCGUGUGUACUUGCUUCAAUGGUGCAUCUAACAUUGCCCAAGCUGGCGGUCUGGCAUGCCUUUCGCCAGAAGGCCUUGAGGCUAUGCAGGAGGUGAUUGGUUUCUACAAAGAAAACACUCGUAUCAUAGUCGAUACGUUCAAAUCGCUUGGUUUUAACGUGUACGGAGGAAAAAAUGCACCAUAUGUGUGGGUUCAUUUUCCUGGCCAAAGUUCGUGGGAGGUGUUUGAAGAAAUUCUUGAGAAGACCAAUGUUGUUACAACUCCUGGCAGUGGUUUUGGACCAGGUGGUGAAGGUUUCAUUAGGGUUAGUGCCUUUGGUCAUAGAGCCAACGUGUUGGAAGCAUGUAGAAGAUUCAAGGUGUUGUACAAGUGAAAGGAUAUAUGGUAUCAGCUGCCUCCGUCAUGUUCUGUGUUUUCUAUGGUUGUAGUAUCUCAGCUAGUUGCCCUACAUAUUGGUGCCUCAGUGGCUUUGUUGUGGUUCCAAUUUUCAUAAAAGUGCUUCAGAUGUGAAAAUUAGUUUACUUCUAGAUGGAGCUAUGUACUGUUGGUAGAAGCUGUGAUACUUGUUUUGAAUAAUGGUGAAACAUUUGGACUAGAUCUAGUUUGCAUCAAACUCUCCUUGAAAUAAUGUACUUCUCUAUGGAUUUUAUUGUCCUCC